CGCCACAUGCUCCUGCUACCUCACCGUCCCUCCCCGCACGAGAAGCCAGGCAGCCAGCCGAAGCCGUAGCCGUCGUGCACCGCACCAGUGGCAUUAGUGCAUUACUGCAUCUGCAUCGCUCGAUCCAUACGGACCGGUCGGUCUACGAUCCAUUUAAGCGUCUCCCACAGUGAGUCCACUCCGCGAAAAGGCAUCCUAGCCCGAUCCCCUUGGACAACAAAGCCAAGCCGGCUCCAGCUAGCUGUGCGUGCCCUCGGGCUUCAAUGCCUCCCCGGCCGAGCAUUCAAUGGCGUUUGCACGGGUAGGUGGCGCGACGUCGCGGCGGAUUGGCCCGUGGCGCGCGCUCCGGCCAGUUGUUGGCGAGUAACCCGGCGCGGCGCGGCCACCCAACGGCCCCCGGCGGCAAUUUAUGGGCGACCGCCCGUGCCGUUUCCCGUUCGGCCGCCGCCUACUAGCCUCCGCUCCAUCAUCCACCGGCCGGUCAUCAGGCCGCCGCCGGUGAAGCCCGAUCCCUUGGACUCUUGCUUUCGCUCAGCUGCUGAUCGACCACCCGUCGCAGUAACCACAAAGACCUGAUGGGUGGCGUGUAAAUGUGAUGUACGCACGCGUUGUGGCGAGUACAUCUGUACACACGUACGUGUACGCUGCUACUGUCAGGUACGGCAGUUUUUUUACACGCUGGGUGUUGCUGUGUAGCAGAGCUUUGCAGUUGCAGCUAGGGACUCGGGAGUGUGGUGUACUACUGGUAGUGGUAAGACCGACGUACAUACGGACCAGCAAUUAAUCGCCAUCCAUCCUCAACUGUGCAAGCUCCGACCAGUUCUAUAAAACCUCCGUCUUCCCUGCUGCGCUCUGCCAUCCCGUCACCUCCCCUUGCAGCAUUUCAUUGCUACGCUCCAUGUGGACUCACUUAUUACCGCAUUACACUAGCUAGCCAGCCCAGCCAGCCAGCUUGAUCUUCUCCUCUAUCGGGUCUGAUCGGAUCCGUUGAUCUAGCUGGUGCUGUGAGCGUACGUGUGUGUACAGUAGCUAUCUCUGGUCGAUCGCCGGCUGGCAAUGGAGGUGGGGACGUGGGCGGUGGUGGUGGCGGUGGUGGCCGCGUACAUGGCGUGGUUCUGGCGGCUGUCGCGUGGGCUCAGCGGGCCGCGGGUGUGGCCUGUGCUCGGCAGCCUGCCGGGGCUGGUGCAGCACGCCGAGGACAUGCACGAGUGGAUCGUCGGCAACCUGCGCCGCACGGGCGGCACGUACCAGACCUGCAUCUUCGCGGUGCCCGGCGUGGCGCGCCGCGGCGGGCUGGUCACCGUCACCUGCGACCCGCGCAACCUGGAGCACGUCCUCAAGGCGCGCUUCGACAACUACCCCAAGGGCCCCUUCUGGCACGCCGUCUUCCGGGACCUGCUCGGCGACGGUAUCUUCAACUCCGACGGCGAGACCUGGGUCGCGCAGCGGAAGACCGCCGCGCUCGAGUUCACCACGCGCACGCUCCGGACGGCCAUGUCCCGGUGGGUGUCGCGCUCCAUCCACCUCAGGCUGCUGCCCAUCCUGGACGAGGCGGCCAACGAGAAGACGCACGUCGACCUCCAGGACCUCCUCCUCCGCCUCACCUUCGACAACAUCUGCGGCCUGGCGUUCGGCAAGGACCCCGAGACGCUCGCCCCCGGCCUGCCGGAGAACGCCUUCGCCUCGGCCUUCGACCGCGCCACGGAGGCGACGCUCAACCGGUUCAUCUUCCCGGAGUGCCUGUGGCGGUGCAAGAAGUGGCUGGGCCUCGGCAUGGAGACCACGCUGGCCCGCAGCGUCGCGCACGUGGACGAGUACCUCGCCGCCGUCAUCAGGGCGCGCAAGCUCGAGCUCGCCGGCAACGGCAAGUGCGACACGGCGGCGGCCGCGGCGCACGACGACCUGCUCUCCCGGUUCAUGCGCAAGGGCUCCUACUCGGACGAGUCGCUGCAGCACGUGGCGCUCAACUUCAUCCUCGCCGGCCGCGACACCUCCUCCGUGGCGCUCUCCUGGUUCUUCUGGCUCGUGUCCACGCACCCCGACGUGGAGCGCAAGGUCGUGCGCGAGCUCUGCUCCGCGCUCGCCGCGUCCCGCCUCGAGUUCCGCCCCGAGCGGUGGCUGUCCGCCGACGGCACCCGGUUCGAGCCGCACGACUCGUACCGGUUCGUGGCGUUCAACGCCGGGCCGAGGAUCUGCCUCGGCAAGGACCUGGCGUACCUGCAGAUGAAGAACAUCGCCGGCAGCGUGCUCCUCCGCCACCGCCUGGCCGUGGCGCCGGGCCACCGCGUCGAGCAGAAGAUGUCGCUGACGCUGUUCAUGAAGCACGGGCUCCGGAUGGAGGUGCGCCCGCGCGACCUGGCCCCGGUCAUCGACGAGCUCCGCACCGCCGACGCGGCAGCAAGGCCGGCCACGGCGCCCUGCGCGUAGAAGAUCCCGGGGAUCUGCGCGCCAAGAUCCGUGCUGCCGAGGAGACGCUGGACAUUGAAUGUGUAGAUAAGCGUACAAGACAGUAAGUAAAUUAAAUGGGUUUGGUGAGAGCAUUCAAGUCACUUCUCUUCCGGAAUUUACCAUUCUGAUAAGGGAGAUGGGGAAAUUUUUGCAAUUAUAUUGGCAAGAUCUAGCUAGAUUUGGAUCUGGGCAUGUACUACGUCUACUACAAAGGGGUGAAAGAAAAGGGGAGGGUAAAAAAAAUAGAGUAAUAAUUCAGGAUCGAGUGCUGCAGAUUAUUUGUUGGAGGCAGUUCGUGUUGGUGACCGGCCAGCUGUUCUACUACUACUAUUUUUUGAAUCUUUUUCAUGUUUUUUCCCCAAUCUAUUCCUAGAGAGGUGUCAAAUUUACCAACAAGCAACAAACAUGUAAAGUAAACGUGUACUGAACUUUGUUUGCUUGUUUGGGACCAUCAUUUUCAUGGGCUGCAA